ACUCUUUUUUUUUCUUUUACUUUCUUCUGUUUGAUCAAGUUUCAUUCAAGCACAAAAAAAAUCGUCUCCGCUAAAAGGAUCUCAUUAAAAACCAAUCGGAAAAAAAUUUUCAAUGGCCGGUUGUUUGUAUAUAAAGAUCCACGAAAAAUGGUAAUAAACUAAAGUAAAAAAAAAAAAUAUUAUUCCUAUUUCUUAUUAAAUCAAAAAAAUCAUUUUUUUUACUGUCCCAAAUGAGUAAUAAAAAUAUCGAUGAAAGUGUCAGAGGCACUGUGAAUCGCAGUCAAUCUUAUACCACACCAAGUCAAAGACCUGCUGCAGUCUCUCGUUCAGCAAGUCGUGCCCAUUUUGAUGAUUCCGAAAGAAUGCCCAAUCACAUCCCUAAUAGUAAUAGCAGACCAGAAUACAAUGAAGGAAGUCGUGUCAACUCUUCCGUUCAUGUCACUUCUACACCCAGACCCAAGAUCUCCAGUAGAGCUACCUCCUUUGCUACUGCUGCCAAAAGAAGAUCCAUGGUCAGAACAAUUUCCUCUCUCUCUGUCUACAGUAACUUUGCAGGUGAACGUUUAGAUGACAGCUACCCAAGACCUACCCUUGGAAAUAUGAUUGAUGAGGAAAAGAGAAAGAGCUAUCCUGCUUCCCGCAAAUCUUCCAUGAAUAAGCACGAAGAGUCGACCGUGGGUGAAGAAAUGAUUGAAGAUGCUUCAGAUAUCGCUCCCAAAGCCUCUGUUGGUAAAGCCAUGUUCAUGUUCUUGAAGGCAUUCAUUGGUUCGGGUGUUUUGUUUUUACCUAAAGCAUUCCAAAAUGGUGGUUUGGCUUUAUCCAUUGUGCUAAUGAUUGUCAUUGCACUUAUCUGUCUAUUUGCAUUUUUACGAUUGGUAAGCACGCAACACAUUAUUGGUGGUUCUUAUGGUGAUAUGGGUGGUUUACUCUAUGGUAAAGCUACCCGUUACAUUGUCCUGUUUUUCAUUGUCAUCUCUCAAAUCGGUUUCGUAUGCUCUUACUUUAUUUUCGUCUCGGGUAACUUGGUGAGUGUCGUUGAUGUCCUCUCUAACUGUACAGCCGGUAUCGAACAAAAGUACUAUGUUUGGAUGCCACUCGUUAUCUUGAUCCCUCUUUCCCUCAUCCGUCAUAUCGCCAAAUUAUCCUUCACUGCCAUCAUUGCUGAUCUCUUUAUCUUGUUUGGUUUGGUUUGUAUCAUUUAUUUUACGGCUGUCGAAUUAAGUGUCAAUGGUGUCGGUCCCAAUGUCGCUGCUGUCAAUCCUGUCAGUUUUGGUAUGAUGAUUGGUACAGCCACUUUCUCCUUUGAAGGCAUUGGUCUGAUUAUUCCUAUUGUUGAGUCUAUGGAACGUCCCGAAAGAUUCCCAUUCGUCCUCUGUUUGGGUAUGUUAAUUGUCUGUGUUAUCUAUAUCUUGAUCGGUUCUAUCUCUUACUUGGCCUAUGGUGACGCUAUUCAAUCCGCUGUCAUUUACAAUUUCCCUCCUGCCAAUAAGCUCACUAUCUCUGUUGAACUGUUGUACUCCCUUGCCAUUUGUUUGACCGCCCCUUUAAUGCUUUUCCCUGCCUUGAAGAUUAUCGAAAACGGUCUCUUCCACAAGUUCAGAUCAGGUAGAGAUAGUUUUGCUGUUAAAUGGUCCAAGAAUCUCUACAGAACUCUUCUCUGUGUCCUUUGUGCUGUUGUCGCUUAUGGUAUUGGAGGUGAAAACUUGGAUAAGUUUGUAUCGCUUGUUGGCUCUGUCGCUUGUGUACCCCUUUGCUUUAUCUUCCCCGGUAUGUUUCAUAUGAAGGUCACAAAGAAGAAGAGCGAAAUCAUUCCGGAUAUCGCUCUCAUUGUCUUUGGUGCAGGUAUCUUGGUUUACACCUUGUAUGUCUCUAUUGAUUCCUUCAUCAACCCUAUUUCUGCUGGUGAGCCCCUUACCCCUUAUUGUCCUGCCAACUAAAAAAAAAAAAAAAAGAGUAGGCUUCCUUUUUUUUUUUUUUUGUACAUAACUUAUUUAUUAUAAUUUUCCACACACACACCCCUCCCUUUUGUUACUUGUAAAUAUACCAAAUCAAACAAUUUUCUU